GAGUCACUUGAAUGAUGAGCAUGAGACGCGCAGGUUCUGUUUGCAGGAGUCUCUUCGGCCCGGUGGACCACGACCAGCUGCGCGUGGACCUGGAGCUGAACCUGCAGGAGAUCGCUGAGCAGGACAGCCGGCGCUGGAACUUCAACUUCCAGUCCGGGACGCCUCUGAGGGGCAGCUUCGAGUGGGAGGUGUUCACAGACCGCCAGGAAUGCGCACAGCCGCAGAGCGCGUGCAGCUCUCCAAACACUGCAGAGAGGAGCAGAGAGGAGCGCGCGGUCGGCACCGACACCUGCUCCAGGAGCCCCGCUGAGGGGACCCCGGUCCGAUUGAAGAGGUCCAAACCUGCAGCCGACCCACGGAUUACAGAGUUCUUCUCCAAGAGAAGGAGGUCCACAGAAACCAGGAGCGUCUGUCCUCAGCACACCCAGAAGCAGCUCAGUGCAAAACAUUAGGAUGAACUAAAAACGUCAAAGUGUCGCCCAGCCACA